AUGGAUUCAGCAGCGAUUCCACUAAGCACCUCCUCGCUCUUCCCUGCCAACAACAGCCCCAGCGCCUUGCACAGGGAGCGUGUGACGCUGCGCUUCACGGACGGCGCAUCGGCUACCGGUGACAUGCUCAUCGGGGCCGAUGGCAUGCACAGCGUCGUGCGGAAGAUCCUGUUGGGGCGCUUGGGACUUCCGGACCCACUGAGAAUCCUGCACGUUGAUACCUCGCACGCCCAGCUGGAAGUGUCUGACGAAACGUUUGAGCGGCAACUGCCACUCAGUCAUGGUGUCUGGCUCGUGGCCACGCCUUCCGAUACCUCCGAUCCAGGGGUAACUCUGUUCACGGGUCUCGGCCAAGUCAAUCCAGAUUGCCGCAGCGGGAUUUAUUUCUGGUACCUAUCGAGUGACAGACCCGACUUUAAGCUUCCUGAUAGGAAGGCCACCAAUAUCUCCAAGAAAGAAUUGCUGGAGAUGUCACGUAAAGUGGCGCAGAGAUUGCAGCCUCAGUUCCGCAAGAUUGUGGAGCUCACGUCGCCAGAGGGGAUUGCUUGGCCUCCAUACGUAACCAGCGCUGUAGAGAUGGACAAGUCUAGUCUGCAACCAGGCAGAGUCACGCUUCUUGGUGAUGCUGCGCAUGGGAUGCCGCCAUACCGUGGUGAAGGCGGUGUUCAGGCGAUGAGGGAUGGGCUGAAAUUAGCGCAGAUUCGUGAUACCAGGGCGACUGGAGCGGCCUUGGAAGAUCUCAUGGGUGCUUAUCGCGAUGAAAUGCUGGAGCGAGCGGUCCGAGCAUCGAUAGCAGCAGGAACGGCUACCAAUGAAGGUCGUGUCAUGGAUUUGGGGCCAUCUGGCAGAGAUGAUUCCACCAAAGAAGAUUUCCCUCGCAGACAUUCCUUUGAAAAUGGAGAAUUUCCGGAAGAACAUUGCUCGAGAGCUUACCGCGAUGCUGCCUCCAUCGGCUCAGACGACGAACGGAAGUGGGUCAGCAAGGUGUUCGAAGGUAUUGAGGCCGAGGAAAAGCGCCGACAGGGCCUUUCACCUGCAGAAAGGCGACAAGAAGAUAUUCAAGUUUCAGCGAAAGCACUCGAGAGACUCGUAAAAGAGGAUGUUGGGCCAUACUCAUCGCGUCCCUAUGCCGUCUUCCUGCUUCAGGUGGCGCCGCAAUCCCGCAGCGGAGCAAAAUGCCAGCUUCCUCACUGUGAAACGAGGAUCUUGCCUGGUGACUAUCGCAUUAAACUGGAUGGGGGUCAUUGGAGCGAAUACCCCUCAGGCUCCUAUCACGUAGACUGCUUUGAAGAAAUCUUGAACUUAUCGUCUCGAUCAUACGCCUCACGAUUUAUACCUGACAUGCAAUACUUUCCCGGGCGUAUGGAAGUAUGCAUCUUGCAAGAAUACGUAAGAAGAUGGAUGAUCCGACUCGGUGUCCAGGAACAUCCAUUCCCGGAGCAAUCGUGGGGUACAUUUGCCAAAGAGAUAAAAUCCGAGAGAUAUUUUGUCUCCGAGACCGACCCGGAGUAUGAUGAACGCCAUUCCCUGAGCACCGCGCUUCGAAACUGGCUACAAAGAUUAUCCGAAGCAGAGGAGAAUGAAUAA